GCCAGUUAGACACCACAGAGGACCACCGAGGGCCCAGCCAUGAAGAAGGAAUUCAAGAGCAAGGCCUUCUGGAGGGCCGUCCUGGCCGAGCUUGUGGGCAUGACCCUCUUCAUAUUCCUCAGCAUCGGGGCCGCCAUAGGGAACCCCAACAACGCCAACCCGGACCAGGAGGUGAAGGUGUCCCUGGCCUUCGGGCUGUCCAUCGCCACGCUGGCACAGUGCCUGGGCCACAUCAGCGGGGCCCACCUGAACCCGGCCGUCACCCUGGGACUGCUGGCCAGCUGCCAGAUCAGCGUCUUCAAGGCCGUCAUGUACAUCCUGGCCCAGAUGUUGGGGGCCACCGUGGCCAGCGGCAUCGUCUACGGAGUCCGCCCCGCCGCCAUCCAGGCCCUGGGGGUCAACAGCCUUAACGGCAUUAGCCCAAGUCAAGGCGUUGGCGUGGAGCUCCUGGCCACCUUCCAGCUAGUCCUGUGUGUCAUCGGCACAACCGAUAAAAGGCGUCGUGACGUCAUGGGCUCCGCCCCACUGGCAAUCGGGCUUUCAGUGGCCCUGGGACACCUAACAGCCAUCAGCUUCACUGGGUGUGGCAUCAACCCUGCCCGCUCUUUCGGGCCAGCAGUCAUCAUGGGAGCCUUUGACAACCACUGGGUGUACUGGGUGGGGCCCAUGUGCGGAGGAGUGGCAGCAGCCCUCGUUUAUGACUUCCUCCUCUACCCCAAAUUCGACGACUUCCCUGAGCGCGUGAAGGUUCUGGUUAGUGGCCCAGAUGGGGACUAUGACGUCAACGGACCAGAGGACACACCUGCAGUAGAAAUGUCAUCGAAGUAAAAAAAAAAAAAAAAAAAAAAAAGAGAGAGAGAGGGAGGUGUGUCAUUUUAUGUACAGUUCUCUAGAAGCUUACCUGUCCACUUGUAAAGUUACGUCACAUCUGUUCUGAAAAUAGAAUUUACACUUUUAUUCAACAGACACAAGUGGAGGACACAUUAUUUUAGCUGUGCAGUGUUGUUAUUGUUUAAUGCAAAUUCACAUUUUUUUACCAAACCACUCACUAGUCAAAUGAAAAAUGGAAAUUGCAUUUCUUGAGCACGCACUUUGAUUUCUUCAGUUCCUGAGAAAUUUACAAGAUAUUCCCUUUUAAUGAUUCUUAA